GGCUUCCCCCGCCGUCGCCUUGGCAACCACCGAUGCGUCAUCACUAAGGGCCUGACUAUGCUCUCUUUCUCUAUCCCGCGCGCUCUUGCGACGUCACGCUCGCGGCACUUCCGGCGCGCCGAGGAGAGGCCGAGGGCGGGCCCAGGCCGAGGAGGAGGAGGCGGCGGCGGCGGGAUGGAGGAGCCUGGCCGCGGUGGGGCCGAGCCAAGCGGGGGAGAAGGAGGCGGCGGCAGCGGAGGAGGAGGCGGCUCCGGGGGCGGACAAGAAGAGGAGGAAGGCGGCUGAGGCCAAGACCAGGAAGACUUCCUCUCCUCCUUGUCAGCGCCAUGCGGGCAGCCCAGGAGCGGGGCCAGGAGUUCCUCCCCCCAAAGAAGCGGGACCUCCCCCCAGCUGCCCCCACCACCAUCACCAGCAGCAGCACUGAGGAGCCCCACGCAGUGGCAGAGAAGGGAGGCCCCCCCACAGAGUGGAGCCAGGCCACGCCCUCCCCUUCCUCCUCCCCAUGGAGCAGCGGCAUCCAAGCCGGACUGACAGUGGACCAGUUUGGACUGUUCUACAAGGUGUCUGCCUUUCCCUCGCCACCACCGCCCUCCGCGGUGCUGAGCCUGAGCGCCCUGCCCCCCGCCUCCUCCGCCUCUUCGGCCUUCGGGGGCGUGGCUUCGCCCUUCCUCCAGGCCCCUGGGGCACCCUUCCCGCAGGUGCACUUUGCCCAGCUGCCCCCGGCCCCACUGCAGUUCCUGGGGGGGCCCUUCUCGCUGCCCUACGCUCCCCAGGGAUUCCUGCCAGGCCACCUGCUGCCCACCACCGCCGGGCUCCAGGGCCCACCCCACUUAGUGCCCUUCGUGCCCCUACUCCAGGAGGACCCAGGCUCUCCUCGGGCUGCACAGGACGCAUUCGGCAACAAGGCGCAGGGCCGGAUCCCUGUCUACUACCAGGUGUCCCACCUGCCCCCAGGAUAUGCUGCAUUCGAGGCCCCCAUGUCCAGCCUGGGACCGGAGCCGUCCCUGAGGGAGAGCAACCUCAGCCCUGAAGGAACCACAGAGAAUGGGUUGCAUGUCCAGGAAAGCGAGGCCAAGGGACGGUGGCCUCCAGCGGCUCUCCACUGUGGCACCAACGGCCCGACCUCGGUGGUCCUUCCUCCUCCUCCAGCAGCCAGGAGGGCCGAGGCCUCAGAGACCUCUCAGCGCAGCAGCCCAGAGGCAGACCUGGAGGUGCAGCAGGUGGUGGGGGUGCUGGCCUUCCAGGGCCACUCUGGGGCUUCUGCUCCAGAGAGAGGCAGCCCGAGUCCCCUGAACCUCUCCCACGGCAGCCAUGGACAGAAGGCAGACUCAGACAGGAACCUCUCGGCAGCUGCUCUGGCUGCAGCAGCUGACAGGAGGCCCUCAGAGCAGGAGCAGCUUUAUCCCGGGCAGGUGCUUGCGGGGACAGCGGUAGCCAAUGGGAAGCUGGGCCCCUUCCGUCCGGCCAUUCGUGACUGCGUCCCGGGGUCCCCGAGCCCAGAGGAGGGGGCGGCAGAGUGCGCCCCCCGCUCCCAGGGCCACCUGCCCUCCCACUUCAUGAAGGGGGCUAUCAUCCAGCUGGCCACUGGCGAACUGAAGCGAGUGGAGGACUUGCAGACCCAGGAUUUUGUGCGUAGUGCGGAAGCCAGUGGAGGCCUGAAGAUCGACUCCAGCACGGUGGUGGACAUCCGGGAGAGCGCCUGGCCAGGCCUUGUGACGCUGCACUUUGUGGUGGGGGAGCAGCAGAGCAAGGUGAGCAUUGAUGUGCCUCCCGAGCACCCUUUCUUUGUCUACGGCCAGGGCUGGUCCUCCUGCAGCCCCGAGAGGACUGCCCGGCUCUUCGCCCUCCGUUGCCAUGGCCUCCAGGUGGGCGACGUCUGUGUCUCCAUCAGUCUCCAGGGCCUCAACGGCCACCCAGCUUCUCUGGCUAGCCCUGAGGGUGGGGAGAGGCCCAGCCGAGGCAGGCAGGGCGUCCUGCGGGAGCCCUCAGGGGUCCCAGCUGCAGAGAGGAGCCCCCCAGGGCUGGGAGGAGUGGGAAGAGGGCCCUCCCCAGAGGUCUCCCAGUUCAGCCCCGCUGUCUCUGCACUCGGCUGGGCAGGCACCGGUCCCCAGAGGCUCGGGGAGGAGUCCCUCAGGCCGCCCCUCCUGCGCCCCUCCUUCAUUCCUCAGGAGGUCAAGCUAUCUAUUGAAGGCCGCUCUAAUGCAGGGAAGUGACCCUCUGGAGAACUGCAUUGCUUUCCUGCAAGGCCCAAUCGGGCCUCUUCUGGUCUGGUCUGUGCUCAGACCUCCCUGGUCGGUCGCCCAGGACCCCACCCAGCCUUCCCUGCAGCCGUGCGCCUCAAUGCAUUCCACUGAGAGAGCCCCCCUUUCCACCAGCAGGGCGGUGUUUAGGUCAAGAGUCAGGGCAGACGCAGGUGGGGGAGCCCUUGCUGCUCUUCUUCUGGAGGCAGGGGGCAAACUUCCAAGACCCCUCCUCACACAAGCACUUUACUAGGUCUCUGGCUUACUUACGAGGAGAAGCACUUGUGCCAGGCGCUUGCAGGGAGACUGAGCAGGCAAGGGCCAGGCCUAACCUCAGACAGCAGAGAAGCCCUGGAUUGCCUUGGGUUGCCUCAGCAGCACGCCCUGAGUCUAGGAAGCUCAUGCUCCUCACCUGGGACCAGGGAGAAGGUGGCCUCCGCAGUCCCUUUGAGUCUUGUUCCAAGUAUGCAGCCUCUGCGCCCUGCAGCUGAGUGGGAGCCAGAUCCAAAAAACAAGCGAGUUUGGGAGAUAGCGUGUGUAUCCGAGGACCCAUCCACACUGUUUGUCUAUACAGGAAUGGGCCCUCUAGGCUCCCUGUCUGUGGACAGUGUCCUUCCCCUCCUGUGUGGCUGGUGUUCCAGUCCCUUCCUGCUGUAACAGGGCACCUGAAUCCUGGGCCCUUCUCAUCCAGGUAGAGCCCUUGGUCCCUCUGGGAAACAGAGCCACUCCAUCGCCAACAUCAGGGGAAGAAAGCCUGCCUUCCUGGCUGCUGACCAUUGGGAGUACAAUGCAGCACCACCAUGCCACCUGAUUAGAGGGCUGAAAGAGCCCAAUGCAGGCCAGGAAAUGUUGGGGUCCCAGCUACAGAGGAAGAGCUCUCCUCUCACUCCACCCCCCGGCAUGUGCCCACUCCUUUGCACAGAGAGGCAAACAAAAUUUGAAAAAUUUGGAGAUGGCUGGCAGUUAAACCUGAGGUGCUGCACCAGCUUUCCAACCUAGUCCCCUGCCUGCCUCAGAGUUGGCCCUCAGGUCCUUCUGCUUUUUCAGGGCAUCCUAAAGCAGCAGCUUCUCUGAUCAGCCCUAUACAAAAAGCAAGGGAGGACUUGGCUUUCCUUCCCGGAGCCUUUCUGGUUUCUUCACCUUGGGACCAGGGAAAAGGAUGCAUUUGUGUUUGUCUCCAAGUGUGUGAUCUCUGGCAUUGGCACUUUGCGCUGUCUCUGCAUGCAUCAUUGCCACUCCUCCAGCUGAGAGGUAGCAGAGGCGGGAGGACAGCUUUGGGGGGCUGUUGGAAAGUCCCUUCCCUCCUUUCUUUGGGGUUCAAAUGAGCCUUGGGUGAGCCUUUUUCUCAGCUUUCUCUGACAUGAUCCACAAUGUAUUGUUUUUGUCCUGCUAAUUGUCUGCUGUGCUCCUGCUGCCUGAGGCAGCCUGUCCCCAACUGGGUUGUUGUCAUCCGCAGCAGGGGGGCCUGGGCCCCUGCUCUUCCUGAGGCGGGGGUUCGGGAGCCCAGGUUCCAGAGCAAUAAGUCAUUCCCUCCCCAUACCCUACAGCGGGCCCCUUGCCCAGCAGUGCCUUCCCCAUGGGGCCCCAGAGCGGCUCUUGGGCUGGUCUCAGCCCAGCAGCUUCUUUGCAGGACUCCACAAUGCAAGGCAGGCAGGCAAGGAAAGAAGGCGAUGUUGUGGCCCCCGCUCCCCGCCUGGGCCCCUUGCAAGCACCUUAGUCCCACGUGCAAAUGUGUGCGCAGUGCACCAGGAGCCCCAGCCGCAUCCCAGGCCAAGCCUUAGGAGUAGCCGUCUGCCCGGCCCCGUCUCUCCCACCUACCCUUUACUGAAGCAUUACUAGUCCAAGGGGGAUAAUCUAUUUUGUUGUGCUUCUUUUGUAUCUGUUUUAAAUAAAUCAAUUUGUACUGUAUAUUUGUACUUUUGAGUCAGAUCCCUUUCCCUGUUUUACCAUUUAAAGUCUCUGUACACACAGAUUGUAUUUUUAUUGUUAACGCUCUUACAGAUACUGCAUUUAACUUGCUGACCAUGUAAACAGUAUAUAUGCAUAUAUCUAUAUAUCUAUAUAAUUAUAAGCCUAUAGCUUUUA